UUUUAUACGACAAAUAUAAAGAAAAUAUUGGCAACAUUAAUAAUUUAAAGAUGGCUGACAUCUGUGGUUUACUUUUGUGACAAAAUUUCACUAUUAUAUUUUUUCUUUAUUUCUUGACACUUAAAGUAGUUCCUUGUCGUCGUAUGUAAUUGCAAUUUGUGAGUCAACGCAACCAUGGUUAAAAAAAAGAGACAAAGCGACCCAACAGAGAAUGGCGAUGAAUCUACGGAAUCUUGUGAUGAAAAUGUCAAAUCCGCAUGUCCUCACGUCGCUAAAGCUGUCCUUCUCACGGGGUUGAAGAAAACACUGAAAACAAGUGGGCUCGAGAAAGAAUGCGCUGAAUGUAAGGCAAGUUCCAAAACAGAGGUUACCGACCCAGAUUUCGAGGAAGACCUAACACUAUGGAUGUGUUUGCGAUGUGGAUCACAACUGUGCGGACGAGCGCGCAACAAGCACGCUCUAAAUCAUUAUAAUAAGCCCCACUCUGACUCACACUCCCUCACGGCCAACACCACCACAUGGGAGGUGCAUUGUUACGACUGCAACAAUGAAGUGAUACCAUCCAGCUCUAAAAAACUCCAUGAGUGCAUAGAGUACCUCAAAAAGCAUGCAAUGCCCAGUGGAAACACAAAAUCUUUACCACCCAUAGAGCUGCCAUUUGAAAGUAGACCAAAGGUAGAUUUAGUAUUGCCUGUGGAGCCUAUAUUAAAUUCAGAGCCAUUGAAGUCAGAUUCAUUGAUUCAAUCAGAUUUCAGAUUUAAAUCUGAUAAACUUAAAGACAAAGCGACUGCAAUGAAUCUACCCCGUGUAAGAGGGCUAUCAAAUUUAGGUAAUACAUGUUUCUUUAACUCGGUGAUGCAGUGUUUAGUUCAAACACCAUAUUUAUUGCAAGUAUUGCAAGAGAUGGCCACACCAGGCGAAAGAUUCACACUACCUGGUGGAAAGUUAAAAAUUAAAGGGGAAGGAGAUGAGAUGAAGGAGAUAGAUCUGCCACCAAUAACUGGACAGUUAGCAGAAUGGGGUAACUUGACCCGUACACUAGCUGAAACACUGGCUGAAUUACAAACAGGCGAAGGUGGCGUGUUCACACCCCGGAAACUGUUGUCGGCGCUGGUGAACAAGCUGCCGCAGUUCGAUGGUGGUGAUCAGCACGAUGCACAUGAGCUGUUGCGGCAUUUGCUCGAAGCUGUCAGAUCGGAAGACCUACGUCGUUAUCAGUCUGUAAUUCUGAGCAGUCUGGGCAUGAACUCCAAGGUGGAUCCCGCCAAAGUGGAUGGUGAGGUCAAACAGAAAGUUAAGUUUUACGGACAGCAGGCCUCUGAUACUAUGCUACGGCCGGAACAGGCCGAUUUGUUUGUACAGGUGUUCCGCGGCUUCCUCGUAUCAACGCUAGAAUGCCAGGAUUGCUACAACCAGUCGGACCGCGCCGAGUACUUCCUGGACCUAUCGUUGCCGGUGGCGGCUAGUCGGCCGCAGCCGCCCGCCGUCGUCAGGAGGAAAGCGCCAAAUGAGGAUAACAUGUACAAUAUGCAAGACGAAAACAAACCAUCAAAACACCAAUUGAAGAAAGAAAGAAACGCAGCAAGGAAAGCCGCGCGGAAAAAUAAAGGUAACGCUGCAUCCAAAGAAGAGACCGCUAGCGCAGAAACCAAUGGUGCUACGAAGGAGGAUGGUGGUAAGUCUUCCUCAGAACAAUCGGACGCUGACGUGGAAGACAACCUCGAGGACAUGCCCCGCCAACAAGAGAACCACGUAGCAUCAACGCCAGCCGUUGCCCAAACCGCCGCCAACUUCGCCGCCACCUACAUGGAAUCACCCUAUGAACCCGUCAAAACGCUAACAUUUUCAAAUUCUUUCAACAGUUCUGUGUUAGAUAAGGAGAAAACGGACAGUACUCCCGAAAAUUCUAAUAAAGACCGAGUCGAAUUCGCAGACUCGUCCACGUCAACUUUAGCUACACCUUUAGACCACAAACCCUUAAUAUCAUUAGAAAAUUUAUCGAAUCCCGACUCGGGGGUGGCGAGUCCGGAAGCGACGAAGCAUAAUUCUACCGAAACGGUCGAUAACGUCGACUCGCCCAUCAAUGGCAAGGAACUGGGCAGCCAUAGUUCACUGUCGAGCGAGAUCAAUCUGGACCUCUCUAGUCCACAGCACAACAACCUGUCCCCAGUGAAGUGUGAAUUCGAGAGGCCGGUGUCGAGGCGAUCGGAACUAGAGAGGCCGCCUUCUAGGAGAUCACUGACUACAGAGUAUUCCAAUGAGGUAGUAUCUAGAGGGAUCAGCAUGCAAGGAUGCAAGAACGUACUAGAACACAGCGGGGAGAGUAGUUACGAGUCGCUUCCAGAGAACAAAAAUCAGGAUGCAGCCAUGAACGAUUUAAAUACUUACUACCAAAACAUCGCGAACAAGGUAGACGAGCUGAAACUUAUAAUAGACGAUGCUAAAACCAAGAAGCCGACUCAGACGUCGCCAGUGUCCACUGAGACCGUGCCAGAGCCUCCGCCGCCGCCGCGGCCCAAGGUCUACAACGUGGAGAUAGAGAAGACGCUACAAAAGGACUUCCUCCCGUACUCGCGGCAGACUCCGUCUUCACCGCGAUACGUUUGCGACGAGGACGAGUGCAGCAUCCAGUCGUGCCUGAGCCAGUUUACGGCACUGGAACUGCUCACGGGCAACAAUAAGGUCGGCUGCGAAAACUGCACCGAGAGGAUUAACGGCAAGGACGGUAAGACGGUGUACACAAAUGCUACCAAGCGGUUCCUCGUGUCGAGCCCGCCUGCGAUCCUAAUCCUGCACCUCAAGAGGUUCCAGAUCGGGCCGCGGUGCAUGUUCAGGAAGAUGUCGAAACACGUCGACUUCCCCACGAUUUUGGAUCUGGCGCCGUUCUGCGCGAUGGACAAGCUGAAGAAGCUACCUAAUGUGGCCCGUGGGCAGAACGAGCUGCUGUACUCUCUGUACGGCGUGGUGGAGCACUCGGGCGGCAUGCAUGGCGGCCACUACGUCGCUUAUGUGAAGGUACGGCAGCCGGUACGGGCCUCGGACCCGCGCUGGUGGUUCCUGCCCAAGAGCGCUAACAUCCCGGCGGCCGCGGGCAACGGUGACGGCGAUGGCGACUCCGAGUCCGACCUGUCCGGGUACGAGUCCGGGGAGGGGCCCGCCUCCGCCGCCGAGCCGCCGUCCGGCAAGUGGUACUAUGUAUCCGACAGCAUGGUCACCGAGGUGAGCGAGGACAAGGUGUUGAAUGCGCAAGCGUAUCUGUUGUUCUACGAGAGGAUCUACUGAGCCUCCGGGCUCCCGUCUCCGGGGUGACACUAAUUCGUGGGACCGAGACCAGUUGCAGACCGAGUGGCCUAACCGUUUUUAUUUUCGAGGAGUGGCAUUUAAGUGGAAGACUGACGCUUAGGAUGGAAUACAUGUAUUUAAGUUCGCAUGACGUCAUAUAUUUAUAUGUUUUAGCAGCUCUGUAAAUAGCUUAAAUUUUUCUUGGCUUUUUUCCUUAUUAAUUAAUUUAUAUUUGAAACACUGGGCCCUAAAACUGCUGUUGUGAAUUGUCUAUUUUGUGUUGAUCAAUUAAUGAAUAAUUAAAUCGGAUUUCAAUUCAACAUUUUAAUAGUUUUGUCGAUUUUGUUCAUCAAACAAUUGGUUAUUGUUGAUAUGAAUGUUUCUCAAUAUGAAUAUAGCAGAUGUAUUUAUAUAUUAAUAAACACUGUAAAAACAAUAUUCCAAAGUAUUUAUUGACAUUACUAAUAUACAUUUUACGUAUGCACCAGUUGAUUGUCAGGUCACUGGUGAAGCAUUCACUGUUCAAUGGCUUCCAUUAUGAAAUUUGCAUUUACCGCGUUAUUUAUCGGAGCUGUAACGUGUUUUUGGACGUUGAUUUGUAAUCGUAUCAAAAAUGUAUUCUAGGUCAUUUAGUUAAUUCUCAUAUUUAAUAAAUAUGACAUAGAAUGUUUAUAAGUUUAAAUGUAACACGCGGUAUGUAUAGUUUGCUCUGUUUUAAUGUAUUUAUUUGUUUAGAUCAAUAAUUAAGUUUGUCGUUUGUUGUUGCGAUUUAGUAUGUCAAGGGUUGGUGGUCUUCCAAUCGGUGUCAAUGAGGAGAAUUCGAUGAAUAGACUUAAUGUACAGCUAUGCUUGUCAAUUGACAAUUAAUUAUAUAUCUAAAUAUGAUUGUGUUUCAGUCCUGUCAAGGUAAAAUAAACUUUAUUACAUCUAAGCUAGAAACUAGAAAGAACAUCACAAUUUUAUUUAGUUCAUUUUAACGCAGGCUAAACCGAUUCUGUCUUCUACCUGUACGUCAGACCAGUUAUAAUGUAAACAUAGGGAACGAAAGGAGAUUAUUCUUAAGAACUUUUUUUUACUUCAUCUAUUUUCAUAACUGGUCUCAUACGUGCACGUCAAUUCUGGAGAUAAGCUCCUCUCUAUAACUGUACAUUAUUCGAUUCAAUAUGGCAUUCUGUAGUCAUAAAGGCCAUUUCACGUUAAAAGCUGUGUCAGUUUUUAAUGUGAAAGUGUACGUAUUUAGAAUUGGUACCAUUCAGCACUUGUCUAGGCAGUCUUGUCAAACUCCAUUUCCCUGCCAACAGCAUAAUGUGAAAUAUGUAGGUCAUAAACGAUUGAUUGAUUCCUUUUUCCUAUCUAUGGUGCUAUACAGUUUGAAUCAAAUCACUUGAAAUAAUAUUACCUCAAUAUUAAUCAUGUGUACAAUCAGCCUGUACCUAGGCUGCUCUGUGAAGUGGUGGUUUAUGUAAGGGCCGGGGGGGAGGGGUGGAAGUAGUACAAGGCACACCCACGGUCUGAUCGCCGGAACAUAAAAGGAAAAAAGGUUUCUCAAUUCUAUUGUCUCAUUUUUUUUUUAUACAACACAAUGGCAAACAAGUUGCAACGAAUAUUUAAUGCAUUUUUAUUAAAGAUUGAUUAAACUUUAACCUUUGUAUUGGUAUGUUUAUUAAAUCGAAAAUGUCACCCAACUGUAAAUUAAACUUUCACUCUCAACUAAGCCAUUAUUAUUAAUAAUUAUAAUACAUUUAAUUGGGCCAUUGUAUACUAAUGAGACAUCACUUUAGAAAGGUUUACGUGAGGACAGUCGAUAGCGCAUCCAUUUAAAUAAUAAACAUUAAAAAGAGUUAAACAACGCUGUUUUAAUAUUUAUUUAAAUGUAUUGUUUUACAUUAAAGCGUUCCUAUUCAAUCCGUGAUACAAUUUUGAAUUCUACAUUCAAAAUUUAUUUGUAAAUAUGGUAUACUUGUAUAGCACGUCAAGUUCUUGUACGGUUGCUCCUGCAACGUAACACGAGAUUUGUGGGAAGACGAGAUUCCCUUUAACGUGUAAGUGACGAUCCAUAUUGACGAAGUAUGAGUUACUGUACUCUACAUACUAUAUAAUACAUUUUACCUAAUGCAUUAUCGUUGUGUAUUUAACUAUAAAAUCCAUCACGUAAUUGUACAUAAAUCUAUUUAUUUAAUUGUCAUCGAUGAACAUUAUUUACUGUUAUUUGCAUAGGUAUCAUUUAUUCCUCAGUUAAGGCUGAUCGCAUAUUGUCUAACAUAGUGAUUCUCAACCUUUUUUCUGUUGCGGCACAUAUUUAACGAUUUCAAAAUUUGGCGGCACACAAAGAAAAAGAAAAAAAAAAUAUUUACUUACUACAAUUUAAGGGGAUACACUGCAUAAAUAGUUUAUGACAAAAUUUUUAAAUAUUUUCUAAAAUUUGGCGGCACACAAAAGUGCCGCGACACAGUGGUUGAGAAUCACUGGUCUAACAUUUUUAACUUUCAAUAUCACACAAUUUACAGUCCAGUCUACUUUAAAUAUAUUUCUUUCUUCUUAAUACCUAUUGCUAAUGAAUGUAAACGCAAUAAAUUUGCCUCUCCAGCAUCCAUUCUGUUCUGUUUCAUUGUCCAAGCAGUGCCCCAAAUAAGAUUCUUAAAGUAUAUUUCAAUUGCAACAGUCAAUGUACGGUCAGCCUAGAAAAUGUUACCACACUCGACAAUAACCUUCUGAAAAAUCCUCCUAAUUUAGGAAUUAUUGCACUAAAAUGCGCUUGCUUGUUACUCAAAAAUGAAUCAUAAGUAUAGACCGGCUUUUAUUGUUUUCAAUUAAGUUUUAAUUAUGUAAAUUGUGUUUCGUUUUCUUUUAUAUAUAUAUGUAUAUAUAUAUGGUGAGUGCUCAAUUUAGUUGCUUUGCCCGCGUGUAACUAAUCACGUUGUGAAACGAAACGCCGGCGUCAUUAGUCGAAUUUACCAUAAGUUUUAUGAACAAUAUCGUACUUGAAAGAUAUUAUUUUUAAAACGAUAUUGGUUACGAUCAGCUCAUAACGAAUAAUAUAUUUUAAUGGCGAACUCUCGUAAAAGCAGCAACGACCAAUGUUGUUAAGCAUUUCGUUAUAAAGGAUGUUUCUUUUAACUUUUUAUUUUGUCAUUGUAAUACGUCUUGUAUCGUUAAUUAGCCUGUGUUAAUUAUUAUUUGAUAACUUUUGUACAUUGAAACUCAACACUAUUAUUGUAUUAUGAACAGGUGUAUUAAAUAAAAUAUAGUUUUAAAACUUC